GAGACAAAGGCAGCGCAGAAAACUUUGCGCACGGGCCGGGCCAGAGCGAGUGAGACAGGACCUGCCGGGAUGCAGGCAGCGCCGUGACCCCCCCGGCCCCGGCCCGCGGCAGGAGGAUGAGGCUGCCCCCCAGGUGCUGCCGGCUCCGGGUGCUCGGAGUCGCCCUGACCGUUUGCAUGACCAUCGGCUUCACCCUGCAGCUGCUGGGAGGCCCCUUCCACCGCAGAGCCCCCCUGGAGCAGCAGCAGCCACAUGCCCCCCGCUUGUCCUGGGACGAGCUCUCCACCUCGCCACGCCCCCGGGACUGUGAGCCGAAGCAGCACCUGGUCUUCCUGAAGACGCAUAAGACAGGCAGCAGCACUGUGGUAAACUUGCUGCACCGCUUCGGGGAGGCACGGGGCCUGCGCUUCGCCCUGCCACACCGCUACCAGCUUGGCUACCCCCUGCCCUUCCAGGAACGGCACAUCAAGGGCCACCGCCCAGGGGGGGCCCCAUACGACAUCCUCUGCCACCACAUGCGCUUCAACCUGCCCGAGCCCUCCCCGCUGAUGCCCCCACAGGUGCAGAAGGUGAUGCAGGCUGACAGCUUCUACUUCUCCAUCGUGCGUGACCCAGCGGCACUGGCGGCCUCUGCCUUCUCCUACUACCAAGCUGUGGUGUCCGCCUUCCGCCGGGCUGGAACCCUGGGACACUUUGCGGCUGCACCGGAGCGCUACUACGACCCAGCCGCCCGCGGUAACCACUACGCCCGCAACCUGCUCUGGUUCGACUUCGGGCUCCCGGUGCCACCAGCGUCCGGGACCAAGGCUGAUGCCACUGUGGAAGCGGCGCUGGCGCAACUGGACCGGACCUUCGGGCUGGUGCUGCUGACCGAGCACUUCGAUGAGUCGCUGGUGCUGCUGCAGGAGGCGCUGUGCUGGGAUGAGGAUGACGUGGCUACCUUCCCGCACAACGGGCGCCGGGCACUGGGCCCCGCCAUGGCCCCUGGCCUGGCCGCCCAGCUCCGGGCCUGGAAUGAGCUGGACUGGCAGCUCUACACCCAUGUCAACCGCAGCUUCUGGGCCCGGGUGGAGGCCUAUGGGCGGGAGCGCAUGGCGCGGGACGUGGCCCGGCUGCGGGGCCGGCGCCAAGAGCUGGCUGAGCACUGCCUGGCCGGUGGGGGCCCAGUGCCGGCCUCACGCAUUGGGGACCCCCAGCUGCGCCCCUUGCAGCUGGGUCGAGCCGAGAUCCUGGGCUACGAGCUGCGGGCUGGGCUGGGCCCUGCGGAGCGCCGGCUCUGUGCCCGCAUGGUCACCCCGGAGCUGCAGUACAAGGACCUGCUUGACCGCCGGCAGUUUGGGGGCAACAGCACCAGCGACCCUACAUAGGCAGGACCCCCCAGGAAUGCCCCUCUCCAAGGCACAUGGUACGGCCCCACCCCAGGACUCCAGGUAGCAGCCCCCCCAAUGCACCAGGCAUGUGGUACAGGCCCACCCUGGCUACCCCAGGUAGCAGGGACCCCUCCCCCCACUGCCAAGCACAUGGUGCGGCCCCACCCUGGGUACCCCAGGUAACAGCCCCCCCAGCCAAUCACAUGGUACAGCCCCCACCCCAGGGACAACCCCCCCCAUGCACACCCCCUGCCAGGCACACAGUCCAGUCCAGCAUGGGAGACUCCAGGUACCAGACCACCCACCCCAUGCAUCAUAGGGUGCAGCCGAGGUGGGGGGACUCCAGGGAGCAGGCACACCCCCACCACUGACCAACCCGUGGUACAGCCCCACCCGGGAGACUACAGGUAGGAACACCCCGCGGCCAGGCACAUGGUGCAGUCCUAUUCCGGGAGCCCCGGUACUAGGGGGGCACCCCCCCGCGCCAUAGGGCCCUCUUGGUACAUACAGCCUCGGGGUGACGAAGGGGGCAAUCCCCGGGUACCGCCCCCCGCCCCGAGAAGUGGGGUCGUCCACACGGGUCAUACCACUGCCCCACCGGCCCUGCGGUGCCCCGCGCUCACGACCCGCACCCCCUUGCGCCACCCCCCGCGCCCGCAGCCUCCGCCCCCUAUUUAUUCCCCAGGUGUUGAUGGGGCGCGGGGCAGCAGACCCGCCUCGGCCAGCUUUUGUAUCUAUGAAAAUAACGUAUUUUUUUAAUGGUAAAACCACUUUUUUUUAGAGACUUGCAAUAAAGCGACAACAGCCCGCGA